AUGGAGCUAAUGGGAUCCACCUUGACGGCGGAGUACACCCGACCCAAAACCAGCCAAUACUUCCCAGCCAUCUCCAACAUGGUGUCCUCCUACCGGAGCAACCAGCCUGUGCUGGCCAUGAACCCCAGUGCCAACCAGCCCUGGAGGACUAACGCCUACUACCGCACAGGCAGCACUGCCGCCAUCCCCUCCCUCUCCUCCAUCCAGAGGGAGAACCUAGGCUUCGACCUGGUCCGGGCCAAGACCAUGUUCUACCCGUCAAACCGGUCAGCCAUGAUCACCCGCUACACCCCAGACGACUGGUACAAGUCCAACCAGAGCAACUACCGUGAGUCGGAGUCGUCCAGGAACAGUGCGGAGCGGCUGAGGAGGGAUACCAUCAGGUUGAUGCAGGAUAAAGAGCAGCUGACAAGGAGGACCCAGGAGACCACCAGUAAGAACAUCGGUGAACGCCUCAACGACAUUAGUUUCUGGAGGUCAGAGUUGAACCAGGAGAUAGACAACAUGGUGAGCGAGAUCAUGGCCCUCACUGAGGUGAAGAGAAGGCUGGAGAGAGCCCUGCAGGAGACCGAGGGGCCUCUGCAGGUGUCCCAAGAAUGCCUGUAUCACAGAGAGAAGCGAAUGUCCAUUGAUCUGGUUCACGACAACGUGGAGAAAGAUCUCAUAAGGGAAGUGGAGACCAUUAAGUCAUGCCAGGAGAGGAUGAGGAGACAUCUAGACAAAGCCAUCGCUCAACUAGCGUCAAACCGAGCAGCUCAGCAUGAGCUGGAGAGAGACCUCAGUGACAAGGUGACAGCCCAGAGAAUAGACAAUAGGUGUCACCAUCUCAGGAAUGCGUCAGACGGGAUCAGCUACUACAGAGGGAUCGAGAGACUGGACCCAUCGCUCUCCCUGCCCGACUCGUGGUCAAAGUUCACGGAUGACAACAUCCUUCACUCCCAGAGCGAGCGGGCGGCUUCCCACAAGCUGCGUGAUGUUAUUGAGAUCCUGCUGAACGUCACGUCCAAUGAGAUGUGGAAACAUUUCAACACGGUCAACGUGGCCUUCACCAACCGCAUGUCAGAGACCGCCGAUGCCAAGAACAGCCUGCAGACACACCUGGCUAAGACCCUCCAGGAAAUCUUCCAGACAGAGCUGCUGAUAGAGAGCCUGAAGAAGGCUCUGAGGGACAAGGAAUGCCCCCUGAAGGUGGCCCAGACCAGGCUGGACGAGAGGACACGCAGGCCCAACGUGGAGCUCUGCAGGGACAACCCACACCACAGACUGGUGGGAGAAGUGAGGGAGAUAGAGGACACCAUCCACAAGCUGCGUGAGAGACUGAUGGAGGCAGAGAACACCCUGCAGAAGCUGGUGAAGACCAAGGCUGCCCUGGAGCAUGACCUAUCCAUCAAGGCUAACUCCUUGUUCCUGGAUCAGGAGAAGUGCAUGGGCAUAAGGAAGAGCUUCCCCAGCACCCCACGCCUGGUGGGAUACACCUAAAGCCAUCACAUACAGUGCAUUCGGAAAUUAUUCAGACCCCUUGACUUUUACAGCCUUUUUUAAAAAUUCCCUCAUCAAUCUACACACAAUAUCCCAUAAUGACAAAGCAGAUUUUUUGAUAUUUUUUCUAAUUUAUCAAAAACAAAAACUGAUAUAUCACAUUUACAAAAGUAUUCAGACCCAUUACUUAGUACUUUGGCCACGACUACAGCCUUGAAUCUUCUUGGGUAUGAUGCU